AUGGACCCUUCGUCGGCGAUCCCAAAGGGAACAUUGACGGCGGUGAUCCUGACGUACUUCUCGUACGUCGGAUACGCCGUGAUGAUGGGCGGUGUCGCGGUCAGGGAGGCCUCGGGCGUCGAAUCCGAACUCAACAUGGACGACAUCCUGAGCUCGCCUGCCUUCGACUGCUCGAAUCGGACGUGCGAGUGGGGACUCCAGAACAAUAACCAGAUGAUGACGGCGGCUUCGGCUUGGUUUCCUCUCAUCUACGCCGGGUGCUUCGCCGCCACGCUCUCCUCUGCCAUCGCCAGUCUCGUCGGGGCUCCUCGCGUCUUCCAGGUGAGUCUUCUUCCGGAUCCCUUUUCUUCGCCCUCUUUGCGGCACGGGCCGAUUUUCGGCGGCGAAAUUUCCUCGCUGCCGGCUCUGGCCAAGGACAAGCUAUAUCCCGGCAUCGGCUUCUUUGCGGUCGGCUACGGAGCCAAUAACGACCCCGUCCGAGGUUACGUGGCCAGCUUCAUCAUUGGCGUCGCUUGCAUACUCAUAGCAAACUUGAAUGCGGUUGCGACGCUGGUGGUGAACUUUUUCCUGGCUGCUUAUGCACUCAUCAAUUUCUCCGUCUUCCAUGCAACCGUAACCAAGGCCCCAGGCUGGAGGCCGUCCUUCAAGUACUACAAUGCGUGGCUGAGCCUAUUGGGGACGUUAAUUUCGGUGGUGGUCAUGUUCAUGAUCCAAUGGGAGGUGGCCCUCGCCACUUUCGGUGUUACCAUGGCCCUAUACCUCCUCGUCCACUAUCGGAAACCCGACGCGAACUGGGGCUCAAGCACGCAGGCCCAGGUGUACUCAACCGCUUUGAAGAACGCGCACGAACUCAACAGGACGCCCGAACACGUAAAGAACUACCGACCGCAGUUGCUCGUCCUUGCUGGUUCUCCUAACUCUCGGCCUCCGCUUUUGGACUUCGCCUAUCUCCUCACCAAGUCCAAUUCCCUCCUCAUCAUUGGCAACGUCGUAAAGGAACCCAUGAAGCAUUCGGCUAGGUCCAUCCUGAUCCAUAAGGGUUACGCCUGGCUCCGACGUCACGGCAUCAAGAGCUUCUACGACAUCAUAGAGAAUGAACGCCUGGACCAUGGAGCGAAGUCCUUCCUGCAACUGUCGGGCUUGGGGAAGCUCCGUCCCAACAUCCUUCUUCUUGGUUUCAAGGCCAACUGGGUCUCAUGCCCUCCAUCCGAUACGCUCCAAUACUUCAACGUCAUUCAUGACGCGUUUGACACUCAUCUGGCUGUGGGGAUCCUGAGGGUUCAAGAGGGUUUGGACUUCAGCGAGAUCGUGGAGGAGGAGUCACCAUCCGUCGAGAAAGAGAAACCCGAGACCAACAGAUCUGAAGUCUCCCUAGGGGAAAUGGGAGUAGAGUCGACUCCCGAAGUUUCUCCGGGAAAUCACACCACAAACGCAACGGAAAUGCAUAAGAAGAAAAAAGAAAAGCGAAAGCAACCGUCACAGAUGUAUCGAGGACCGGGCGGGGCUGCCUUGCCAAAGACGGUCGUCGACAACCUGACCCGGUUCCAGCAGAAACAGAAGGAAGGCCGAAUCGAUGUAUGGUGGUUGUACGACGACGGCGGGCUCACGAUCCUCCUUCCUUACCUUUUUAUGGCAGCGCUGUUGAGCAAGUUCCGGAUCGACUACAGCGAUGUAAUUGUCGUUACUGAUGCCGAAAAGAUGCCUGCACCGGAAGUUCGCCAGGAAUUCGAUGCCCUCAUUGAACCAUUCAAAGAAAAACCCAAGGAAACCAGGGAACCUGGAACGUAUAUCCCGGCUGAAGAACUGACUGCGAAGCGCGACAAGAACAAUCACCAUAUGAGACUAAGAGAACUUCUCCUCCAUCAUUCCAUCGAUGCGUCACUAAUCGUCAUGACUCUACCGAUGCCAAGAAAGGGGGCAAUAUCAGCCCCGCUGUACAUGGCCUGGUUGGACAUCCUGACGAAGGGCAUGCCUCCAUUCCUCAUGAUCAGAGGGAAUCAGACUUCUGUCAUCACCUUCUACUGCUGAACAACUUAAUAUUCCAUUCCAUUCGAAAGCUCGGUAAAAAGUACAAGUAGUUGCUACAGCAGUGGCAUAGUAGCACCUGGAC